UGCCACCUGUCAGUGCCGAUCAGUGCCACCUAUCAGUGCCAGUCAGUGCCACCUAUCAAUGCCAAUCAUUGCCACUUAUCAGUGCCAGUCAGUGCCGCCUAACAGGGCCAGUCAGUGCCGCCUAACAGGGCCAGUCAGUGCCGCCUGUCAGUGCCAGUCAGUGCUGCCUAUCAGUGCCACCUAUCAGUGCUGCCUAUCAGUGCCAUAUAUGAGUGCUGCCUUUCAGUGCCCAUCAGUGAUGCCUGUCACUGCCCAUCAGUGCCACCUACUAGUGCCUCCUCAUCAGUGCCCAUCA